AUGGCUGAUGAAUUUUCAAGGCAGCUCUCAAUCUGUUUGUUUAUUGUUGUGUUGAUAAACGCUCCAAGAGUGCGGUCAGAGUUUGCCACCCUUACAUAUCUUGACAGUGCUGUGUCAAAAGGGGCAGUUUGCUUGAAUGGGGGCCCACCAGGUUACUAUCUCUUAGAAGGAAGUGGCUCAGGAGUCAAUAAUUGGAUGAUUUAUUUGGAGGGCGGCGCGUGGUGUCCAAAACCUUCUGAGUGCUUGGAAAGAUCAAAAGGAUGGCUUGGGGACGUUUAUUCUAGACCUCAAAGAGCUUAUUUUGAGGGGAUGCUAGAUAACAACAAAACAUACAAUCCAGAUUUUUAUAACUGGAAUAAAGUCAACGUUGUAUACUGCGAUGGCUCCUCAUUCUUGGGAGAUGUUGAAGAAGUUGACCCUCAAACCAACGUUACUUAUAGAGGCUCAAGAGUCUUCGAUGCUGUAGUCGAUGAUCUAUUGGCUAAAGGAUUGAAUAAUGCCGAAAAUGUAAUUCUUUCGGGGAGCUCGGCCGGUGCAUUAGCAACUAUAUUGCACUGCGAUACUUUCAGUGAUCGUCUACCAAAUGUUAAAAGAGUUAAAUGCCUUGCUGAUUCGGGUUUUUUUCUCCAUGCGUAA